GAAUGAGGAUGACAGCGAGCAGCGACCAUUAUAAAUAAAGCGCCCACAGCUGCACAUACUGCUACCAGUCUGUGUUUGAUUCAUAUUCCAGGGAGCAACCGCGGUGCAUUGUUGUACUGUGGACGACACGGGACGAGUCCUUUCUUGCCUUUCUUUGUGUUUAACCGUUAAAUUACAGUGUAAUUAAUUUUACUGCAGAGAGAAAACCGGUCGGAGGAGGUGAACGGGUUCGGGCUUCGGCUGGAAGAGCUGGUGUGACGUAUCCGUCCACCACACACACACACACACACACCGGCUGCGCCUGGCAGAGUCUCAAUGUGGGGAAAUGACCGCGAGUGACCUCAAAGGAAACACUGUAAUUUAGCGACUACUCGUGUUUCCAUUUUAAUACUAAUUAAAAGGGAAAAAAUACGUCAAAUUCGAGCUCGGUAUUUUCGGUUACCGUGACAUUGUGGAACGGGAGACGGUCUAACGUUAGCUGCUCGCGCGACGGACUCACUAGCUUCCAAGCAGCGGAGCUAACAUUAGCGGAGCUAACGUUAGCGGAGCUAAGCUAAAGCGGCCGGGCUCCACAGGGUUUUCCUCCUGCAGAUGCUAAGCUAAGCUAGGCUAGGCUAGCUGCUGCCAUGGAUAAAGCCAAGUCAAUGAUGGACAAGAAAGGGGCGUCGGGACCCUUUCAUGUCAGCAACGGGCAGAACCAGAGGGGCUUUCACAGCCACGUCCCUGUGGCCGCUAACGGCAGCUGCUGCAGCGGCUCUGCCUUCGGGUCGAGCUCCGGAACCAACAGCAGCACAUUUGACAACAUGCAUCACCUGCACCGCGGGGACGAUGUGGACUGCAACGGGUCCCCGGCCAAGAGGUGCAGGCUACGGAGGAGGACGGAGUCGGUGAGACGGAACAGACCCCCCUUUCCCUGGUUCGGUAUGGACAUCGGUGGCACCUUGGUCAAGUUGGUGUACUUUGAGCCAGUUGACAUUACUGCAGAGGAAGAACAGGAGGAAGUGGAAAACCUCAAGUCCAUCCGCCGCUACCUCACCUCAAACGUGGCCUAUGGUAAAACAGGCGUCCGUGACGUCCACCUGGAGCUGAGGAACCUGACCAUGUGCGGCAGGACGGGGAACCUGCACUUUAUCCGCUUCCCAACACAGGCCAUGCCCCGUUUCAUCCAGAUGGGUCACGACAAGAAUUUCUCCAGCUUGCACACAACACUCUGUGCCACUGGAGGUGGCGCGUACAAGUUCGAGAAUGACUUCAGAACGAUGGCCGACCUGGAGCUGCUGAAGCUUGACGAACUGGACUGCCUGAUCCGCGGUCUGCUCUACGUUGACCGGGUGAGCUUCAAUGGACACCCGGAGGGCUACUACUUCCAGAACCCAUCAGACACCCAGAGCUGUGUGAAGAUGCCCUGCACCCUGGACAACCCUUUCCCCAUGCUGCUGGUCAACAUUGGCUCCGGGGUCUCCAUACUGGCCGUGUACUCUGAGAACGACUACAAGCGGGUGACUGGGACCAGUCUGGGAGGUGGUACAUUCCUGGGCCUUUGCUGUCUGCUGACGGGGUGCGAGACGUUCGAGGAGGCGUUGGAAAUGGCCAGCAAGGGCGACUCUACCAACGUGGAUAAACUGGUGAAAGAUAUCUACGGAGGAGACUACGAGCGCUUUGGCCUACAGGGCUCCGCUGUUGCAUCUAGUUUUGGUCACAUGAUGAGCAAAGAGAAGCGAGACAGCAUCAGUAAGGAAGACCUGGCCAGAGCCACACUGGUCACCAUCACUAAUAACAUCGGAUCCAUAGCACGGAUGUGUGCUGUCAAUGAGAAAAUUGAGCGUGUGGUGUUUGUUGGGAACUUCCUUCGAAUCAACACAGUGUCCACAAAACUGCUAGCCUAUGCCAUGGACUUCUGGUCUAAAGGACAAUUAAGAGCCCUCUUCCUGGAACACGAGGGUUAUUUUGGAGCUGUCGGGGCGCUGAUGGAGCUGCUCAAGACAACAGAGGACCCGUGAAGGAGAUAAUGUCAUGACAUCAUCAACACCUCGACAAGAUGAUGUCAUGUACCCCUGAACGCUGUGAUGUCAUCAACUCUCGAUGCUGUGACGUCAUCAACUUUUGACGCUGCUUAAAGGUCUCGUUCACAGAGGCCGCUAAAGGAACACUAAAAGAGAGAAACAGAAACUGAGAAAAGCCAUUUUAAUAAUUUAACUCUUGUAAAUAAUGAUACCUCUAACAUCCAACUCCUAAAUUUCCCUAACAGAGUCCCCCUAUCAUAGAGGUUUUAAUAUUGUAAUCUUUAAUUUAUGGUUUCCUGUAAUCGCCUCUGUUGAUUCCUGUAGUCAGUCCUGUGUCAGGAAGCACAGUCUUUUUAGUGUUUUUGUUACUGUGUGUAUUUUUGUGUGAAUAGCUACUGUAGCAUUAUGUCCUGGAGGCUGUGGUACCCCGGACGACUAUUUGUGCAACAGUUCUCUGAGGUAGGAUGUCUGCACAGAAAUGAAGUUACUCCUCAAUGAGUCAUCUUUACCACCUUUUCUGCGACCACAGAAACAUCAUUUGACCACCACUGCCUCCCCCCUUCAUCUGCCAGACUGCAGACGGACAGGCUGUAGCUGAAGCCUUCGGUAACUUCUGGUUGUCAGUGGGAGACCAUCAAGACUACAGCUGGUGGUCACCCAGCUCCAAACUGCAGCUGAACAGCCGUUGUGGCAGUUGCUAAGGUUUGGGAGGCAUUUUGUUGCACAAAAAGUUGCCCAGUUAUGCUCCAGUCUUCUAAGGAGUGCACUGAAGCCAAAUCCUGUUGAGAUUCGUAUGGCACCUGCCUCCUUCAACUCAGAUGGGAAGCAGAUUCUUUCUGUUGCUCCACUGCACAUGGCCUUUUUUGUUUGUCUCUCCUCCACCUGCCUACAUGUAAACAACAUUAACAACACCAUAUUGCCACGCAUGCAUACCUAACCUGUUGAGUUUAGUGUUAGCUGAUGGGACCAAGACAUUGUCUUCCAACAGAUGUACACAAGUAGUGUGUGCGUUGUUGAUUUCUGUUGACUAGGAUCACUACAACUACAGUUCAGUCUGGCUCAUCGACCUGUGUUUGUGAUUUGUGAAAUACAACGGGAUGAUUGUUUUUUUUUUUUUUUCUCUCUGUGGAGAACCAUCUUUUCUUUUUCUGUCGCCCUUCCCUGUCUGUCCAUGUCUAGCUCAAAGACACUUCAGCAGGGCCUGUCCCUUAACCCCCCGGCUCCUCUUCCACCCCGCUGCCUUGUUUGGAUGUUGCAGUGCGAUUUAAUGAGGUGUUCAGGCUGAGCUAACGCAGGCCGAGAUUAAAUUUGCUCCGUGCAAAUCCUGGCAUUAAAAAGGUUCAGCACUCCUGUUGUAGAUGCAGAUGUAGAAGAACGGUAUCACCUUUUUGGAGACAAUGGGGACCAGGAUGCUUCUAGCAAAGAGUUGCCCCUCAUGUAAAAUACACUAAUGCAAAUUUGCUAGCAGCAGAAUCAGUUAACCUACUGUAGAUUAGAUUAGUGUUUUUACUGUCUAAUGGUACAGUUAUUGUGCAUGACAAAGUGCUGCUUAGGUGAGCUUUUAGAUUUCAAGACCUUAUUUGUCCCCGAGGGGGAAUUAAUUUUUUUCCUCCCACAGUCCAGAUUGACUAAGUGUCUGAUUUACUACACCCAUGCAAAGUGUGGCACAAACAUCAACAGUUUGCAUGCCUCUGUCUAUAGUCAGGGCAGCCUGAGUCCAUAUCCACACUAGCAUGUGCACCCUAGAAGGGAUUCAAGCUUUUUUUUUCAUUGUGUAUUUACCAAAUACUUGAAAACGAUCUUUCAAAUUUUAGCGAAAGCCUGAGAUUCCAGGAUAGAAAGCCACCUUGCUUGCCUGAAUUGUCUGUAAUAAUGUUCUGAGUGGAGAUCUUCCUGCCACUUUUUAAAGGAAUGUUAUCUUAUCUGCAACCAUUUCGGGGAGUUGAAAUAGUAAAUUACAUGCACAACUCAUCCUAGGGGAUAGGUUUGCCUGUAAUUAAUUUCAGCAAACCCUGCUGGACCUUUACAGCCUUUCAUCUCUGUUUAAUGUCAACGCAGCUGAACUGUGAAGCUGGACGGUGCAGUCUCCGCUGUACACUGCUUUAUUGAUUUAGCACCACUGUCUACAUGCCUUUGCUCUCCAGCAGAGAAACUGUGCUUUUUCCCUUUUGGAAUCACUCUUUGUGUAAUUCACGUCCAUCACUCAGUUCUUGCAGUAGGGACUAUUUGCUGUUAAAAUACCUCCGAACCAUCACUACCAACACUUUUGGGUUAGUUAUUUUUCUUUGUUUCUGAGCCUGAUGUACAAGUGUUAGUUCAGGACAUUGGAUUUUUUUUUUUUUUUUUCACCUUCAGUAUAACAACAAGGCUAAAAUCCUUAUCAGCUAGUUGCAUGUUGUGCAAGUAUUUUGUACGUCUUUGACAAAAUCAACCGUUUCUCCUCUUCACAUAAUGUACCCAUGGCCUACACUUUGACCCCGACAAAUAACAUGUUCGCUGCUACACGCUUUUCUUUUUUUCUUUAGUUGUUUAUUAAAUGUGUUAAAAGAUACAUAGGGCAGUUGGAUUAUAGGCCACAUCGUUCUUUGGAAAUUGAUAUUUUAAACGGAAGUUUUUAUCAUCAGCCACUCACAAAAGACUAACAUUUAAAACGUUUUGCUGUGAAAUUGAAUAUGCACCCUUUGCAGCAAUUAUGUUAGCAAAUUGUAGAUUGAACAGAAAUAAAACAGCUAACAGAAACUCAGCAGCUAACAGAAUAAUCCCUUCUUUACAGAGUGGGUCCUCUGUAAUUCAUGUGUCAUAAAAGUAAAAAUGAGUAUUUUUAUAGUGUGGAUACAUUGAGUGUAACAGCCUAUAAAAGGCUUCUAUAAUCCAAAUGUCAACACUAAUGCAAGUGUUAAAAGUAAAACUGGUGAAACACUGUUUGAGGAGUGUUCUGGACUUUUGCCACCAUUUCCUCUGGAUUCAUUGAAUCAUAACGUGUUCGAUCCUGCAUGUGUUCAGGUGUGACGUCACGGUUCUUCUUCUGUUUUUUUUUUCAGUUGUUUUUGCCUUGUUCCAACUCAUAUUUGGAUACCGUCAUGUUCAAUAGUGGCCUCACACCUCUCAGGUGCCACUCAACUUUUAAAAUCAGGCUGGUGUUGGAUAUCUUGUGCCACCCGUUCUUUUAAUCUGAAACCCCCCUGAUCAGCUGCCUUCACUGUGUGUUACCCUGGUUACACUGUGUCUGUGCCCUUCAAUUUCCUGUAUGAUUUUUAAUUUCAGUUUCUUACCUGCUGAACCUCACCUCAGCGUUUUUGUAACAUCGUGCACGCGGAUACGUCUUUACGUUUGAGGUUCACUCUUGCUUUCUGUGUCUGUUGUUUGUUUUUUGGUGUUUUGUUUGCCAUCAUACUGUAACAGAUUCACUGCAGUUAACACGCUGUCCGGCAUUCACAACUCACCUGCUAGUCUCGAGGGUGUCCGUAGUGCAAGGAUGUCAACAUCCACUACCACGGCAAUGGUUUUGGUACUAAAAUUUGCUCAUCUGAAAAGCCACAACAUUCUUUAGGUACCACAGAUCAUUAACAGUGAGAACUGGAAUUUGGAAAACUGUUGUUUCCCCAACCGUUCUUUUAAUUCUGUUUUUGGUUUGGGAACAUUUUUAAAAGGUGUAUCCUUUUAUUAUUGCUAUCUUGUUUGUUUUCUUUCUCUUUUUUUGUGGCCAGUAGUAAUUAAUAAUGUGCGUUAAUGUGUUUUUCCCACGUGAAAAUACUCUUGUACUGAAUCUCUUGGUUUGAUUGUUUUUGGUUGGCACAAAAGAACCAGUGUGAUUGUUCCUUGAAAUGUAAAUCCCUGCUAUCAUGCUCUGUCAGGCUGAAGAAGCCUUUUGUGAUUUGCAGCACUUGUGAAACAGAUCCGAGUCUCACUGCGAGUGGUACCCUUUCAAACACAUCAUCAGUGUCCUGCAGAACCUUUUAUCUCAAAACAGGUGAACACCGAAGUAGAAGGAACAUUUAUUGUAUUCAUUUUACAAUCUGCUGCUCCACAGAGGUUCAGUGCUGGUGUCAGUGCUGUGUGGUUUCGGAAAUAGAUAGAUGAAGACAUACAUUUGAGAACAUGGGGAACUGUUUGAGAUGAUGCAUGGUCUCUGCAUAACAUAGAUGACGUUUAAAGGUGUUCAUUUUAAAGUGUACCUUUUAUGUUUCCAGUGAUGGUGCAAUUGCAAGUUAUAACAUCAUUUACAUACUCAACUAAUACAGUCUAGCAUGGGAAUAUAAUGGUUCGGAUACUUUUUGGACCUUUUAUUAUUCUGCUAAUGUACUGCUGCAGCUUCAGUGUGUUUGAUUCUAAAAACCAAAUUAACUCGCUAGAACUGAAAGUCUUCACACCAUCAUUCACAGCAGUAUCACAUCUCGCACUGUAGUUGACAUUUUUGUAAAAUCUUUUAAGUGUUUGAAACAUUUUCAGCAACUACCAUGCAGAUACAGUAUAAAGCAUUUAAGUGAACUCACUCUUAAGCAGUGAUUUUUCUGCUCUCUCUCUCUCUCUCUCGAGUGAACAAUGUGGGUGUUUGUCUGCUUUGAUAACAGUCUGAGAUGUGAUUUUAAGAGUUUGGGGUUUGAACCUCAGCGACACUCUUUUUAGGGUUCAUUUCCCACUGGGACCACCUGUCCUCAGAUCAGUAUGUAUUCCUCAGUACUGUAAGGAGCUGUGGCUUAAAGAGCCCACCGAACUGCAAAUGUUCACGUCAUCCAUAGUGAAAUCUAACCAACAGGCUAUGCAGUAACUCAUCCAUGGAUCUCUUUGUCCCUUUCAAUACACUCACCUCUUCUCUAAAGCUACCAGAGUUGAUUUGACUUGUUUGUAAAUGUUUUUCAAAAAAAAAAAAAAGAUAUGCAACCCUGUUAGUUUUCCCCUCUUAGAAAUCCUGUUUGAAUCUUGACGGAGAGAAUUUCUCCAAGUAUGUCCUGCUGAUUUAGUUGUUAACACUAUUUAAGGCGGAUGUACACAACGGGAUGUUUUAGGCCAGAUUAUGAACCAAAAGGAGCGUACCAAGCAUGAUUUUUCAGUGUUAGAGGUCAUUGACACAUACAAUAAGAAACUUUAACAUACCUAGAUAUCUUUGAAUGUCGUGGCGGACACUCGUCUCAUCCAAACUUUGCAUCUUGUCGGAUGAAUGAUGAAAACUACUUCAAAUAGGCUGAAGCUCUGUGAACGAUGUUCCUUUUAUUUUUGACAGUGUUAGUUUAGGACGGAUGCCAAACUGUGAACACCUUGUUGCUGUCAGACCAAACUAGUCAGAGCGACCUUCUGACCUUUUACUUGUCUGUGUGUUUUCCACACAACUUCACUAAAGCGUUCAGGAUUUCCUCACAGGUUCCUAAUCUGGUCAAACAUCCUGUUGCGUGAACACAUCCAGCCUUUAAACUGUCUUCUGGAAUGCUUGACUGGCAGGACAGACCUUUUCACCCUUGUGUAUUUGAUUGUACAGAGAUUUUGUAAAUAAUAUUAAUAUGAUAUAUUCUGCACCAGCAAUCUGUCUGUUGAUAAAGUUGGUUCAACUGUUCAGGGUCAGGUUUCCCAAAACACGACUCGGCACUUCAUUUACAAUCCCAACGCAGACAGAAGACACGUGGAAACAAACCACUUUCCUCUGCAGCUUUAAUACCCUUACCAACAACUUUACCAGAGCUGUGAUAAAUAAUACUCGCAAAAAAAAAAACUUUUAGGAGUCUGUGUAAACCUCUUUGUGGUAUGUGAUUGGUGAGAUUUUGCUCAUUAGGACUAGAUACAUUUCUAGAUGUUUUUUCUGUGAUUGUCUAAAAUUUCUGACAUUCAUUGUAAGCCUGAAUCCACCAAUCUGAUCUUUUUUUUAAAUGUGACUAUAAUUUUCUCAAUUCCAUUCAGGUCUAUUUUAAUUUGAUUUAAAAAAUAACCAUGCUAAAUAUGUCACAGUUAGUCUGAAUGAUGGUUGAGAACUAAAGGGGACGUGGUAUGUUGACUUAGACCUUUCGUCUGCACUUGUAAGUGUUGAACUCAUUACAUCCAGACGUUUGUUUCCUGUCUGCUGGAUUUCAGUGCCGGUCGUUCACGUCAGCUCCUCUGUGAUCUGGAUCUGUGUGUGAGAUGUUUGGGAAGCCCAGUGCUGGUUGUUAGCAUCAGUUCUGCUGCUUCUUUUAACUCUGGUUUGAAAACAGAAAGGGUUAAAAAGAAAAAAAAAAACGACUAUAAAAAAGAAAACAGCUCUCUGCCUUGUGCAAUGCAUAUGUACUGAAGUGAAGAGAUUUUUUUUUUCUAAAAAGGAAUUAAACUAAAACUG